CUUCUUCGAUUCAGCUCGCGCCUUCCAAUUACUGGUUUCUGGAUACUGCAAUUUUCUCGUCUCAUCGGAAUAUGCGGGAGGCGUUUCGACCCAUGUGAAGAGUUCAAUGGCUACUGAUGAAAAUCAAGCCCUAGAGUCUGAUGUGAAAGAAAAAUGUUGGGAUCAACGAGAAGCUUUGCCCGGAGAACCUGUGUGUGCUGUAUGUGGCCGCUACGGUGAAUACAUAUGCGAUGAGACUGACGAUGACAUUUGCAGUCUCGAGUGUAAGACCACUCUUCUCAUUCGUUUAGCAAAAUCACAGACUUCAUCUGCUCAACCACCUUCUGUAAAACUACCAGCAAGAGAUGAGUGCUACUAUGUUCGUGAUGGUAAUAAUAAAACCGAACUUCAAAUUCUGACCAACACCCGGACAGAGCAGCUCAGGGCAAAACUCGAAAUAUCUGUGCAGGGCGAUAAUGUUCCUGAACCUGUUUUGUCUUUCGGUUCUUGCAAUCUUCCGCAGAAGCUCCUCCAAAAUCUAGAAGCUGCGGGGUACGAGAUGCCGACACCUGUCCAAAUGCAGGCGAUCCCGUCUGCAUUGAUCGGGCGGAGCAUGCUUGUCUCGGCCGAGACAGGGUCCGGAAAAACAUGUUCUUUUCUUGUUCCGGUAGUUGAUUACUGUACGAAAUUCAAGAACAACCCACAAACACCGCUGGCAAUGGUUCUUGCUCCUACUAGAGAGCUGUGUAUACAGGUGGAGGAGCAAGCGAAGCUGCUCGGUAAAGGUCUGCCAUUCAAGACCGCCCUAGUGGUCGGCGGUGAUGCCAUGGCGGGACAAGUACAUCGUAUCAAGCAAGGAGUUUCAAUGAUUGUGGGGACCCCCGGAAGGCUCAUUGAUCUUCUUACAAAACACGAUUUUGAGAUGGAUACGAUAAAGAUUCUUGUCCUUGAUGAGGUGGACUGCAUGAUCCAAAGAGGGUUCCGAGAGCAAGUCAUGCAGAUUUUCCAAGCUUUAUCGCAGCCACAAGUGUUGAUGUACUCUGCGACAGUUUCGAAGGAAGUAGAGAAGGUGGCUGGAUCAAUGGCAAAGGAUCUUACUAUUGUAUCGGUUGGGCGGCCCAACAAACCUAGCGGGGCAGUUAGGCAGCUGGCGAUAUGGGUGGAGUCCAACAAGAAGAAGCAAAAGCUCUUCGACAUAUUGACGAGCAAGCAGCAUUUUAAGCCGCCGGUUGUGGUGUUUGUGGGUUCGAGAAUCGGGGCGGAUCUUCUUUCCGAGGCAAUAACAAUGAAAACAGGGGUGAGAGCUUUAUCCAUCCAUGGUGAGAAAAAAAUGAAGGAGAGGAGAGAUGUAGUGAGGUCGUUUUUGGUUGGGGAAGUUAGUGUGAUUGUGGCUACGGGAGUGUUGGGCAGAGGAGUUGAUCUUUUGUCUGUGAGGCAGGUUAUUGUGUUUGACAUGCCGAAUUCGACGAAAGAGUAUGUGCACAUGAUUGGAAGGGCCUCGAGAAUGGGAGAAGAUGGUGCGGCGAUUGUGUUUGUGAACGAGGAGAAUAAGAAAAUAUUUCCAGAGUUGGUUGAUAUUCUAGAAUCUUCCGGUGCUGCGAUUCCUCGCGAGCUUGCUAAUUCACGACGUGCAGUGAAUUCUUUCUCGGUGGGAAGGGCUCAGAAGAAAAGGAAGCAUGGCUACUGAAUGUACCUUAGCCUUUUCUUCCGCUUCUGUAGUUUGUCUGAGAAUGUCUGAAACGACAUCUCUUUAGAUGUAACUAGUGACGAUAACUUCUUGUCCUGAAUGAGCGGUCGUGAUUAGUGUCGGUUGAAGGGAACGUGAACUAAUCUUAAGAAGGCUACAGAAUUGUUCUCAAAACGUGCAAGAUCUUGUCGGAGUAAAGUGCUUUGCUCUUCAGGUACCCUAGAUGUGAACUUUUGAAGUAUCACUUGGUUUUGUUUGUCUCUCAUAUCUUGAUAAUGUUUUGGUAUUUUCAUCUAAACAAGAAUUAUGCUUUUUUUUUCCAGGUUAAUAAGAGUACUUGUGUUGUCUUCCAAUCGACCGUAUUAUUAUUUUUUUCUACGGACAUGAAUCAGUUCAUCUGCCUCGGUAUUUUUCCAAUGCGCAUUUUACAUUAUGUAUACUAGGAUGAUAUUGUAGUUUACCGAGUAUAUAUAACUUGUAUACGAUCAUCAUAUUCGAAAAGAUAAGGUUACUCGGUUAUGCUGGUGGUGCAUUAAAG